UCGUUUCCUGUUUACAGCGGAAGAGGAAACAUAUGUACUGUCAUCUAGCGGUAAAUUCAACACGAAAUUUGAUGUCGUGAUAAUAUCCAUCAUGUCCAGGAAUGUUUCUGCACUGGAUGUAACGCAGAACCCGUGGUCCUCGUCCGACAAAACAACAUUAGCUCUGCGAAAUGUACUACACCUUGCUGAAAAGACAGGACAUACAAGAAAGAGGGGAGAUGGAAAAGGCCCAAGUGAAGAAGAUCAAGAAGAGUUGCCCUCUCUCAAGCUCAUUGCAUUACAAAGGGAGAUAACCAAGAAGAAGAGAGAGCUUCAGAAGGUGAAUCUGGAGAUGCAGUGCCGAGUCCAGGACAAGGAGACAGCUGACAUCACACACAUAGACAUUUUGAAGGGUAAAGUGGAAAAGAUCCAGAAGCUGAAUGCUCACAUAGAAUCCAUCAUGGAGAAGAAGGAUCAACUGACAGGUCGACUUCAGCAGCCAUUUGUGGGCGACUACAUCAAAAUGGAUGCCGCAUACCACAAAUAUGCCAGUGAGCUGUUCCCACUGGUGGCUCCCAUCCUUGGAGAUCUCAACUACAACCUAGACAACAUCAACUGGACGAAGAGGACUAACUUCUCCGAAGGAAAAAUGGACACCCUGAUAGCACAGAUGUCCAAUGCUCUGGCUGACAUGCGCCUCCAGUACAAUGCCCUGGUACAGAUGCGGGGAAGCAUCAGUGACAUCCGGAGACACAGGAUCUCUCACCUGGAAACAUCUGUAGUAGACUGAUGACAACAUCCCAAGCUCGUGAAGGAAGACCUGAUGUUCCAUACCAGUUUAUAUAAUGACUACUUCAGUGGAAGUAUUCAUCUGAACUGGACACAAGUCACUAGUGCUGGCUCUGGUCAGAAGAGGUACCUGAAGGUUGCUGGAUGAGUGGAGCCUUUCAUUCAUCAUGAAGUCCUGGAAACACUGAAGAGCAUGGAUAAUGAUAUGAAACUGUGAUGGGAUGAAGAUGCUUCCCUACAUGCAAGGACUGCUUAAUAAAUUAUUUUCUAUAUGU